AUGUUCACACAGGUUCAUUCAAAAGAACAUGGUUGAUUAGAAUAUUGUAAAACUGUUAGAGAUCACUUUCGAAGAUCGCUAAAGUAAGAGAAAAAAUUUCCAAACCACUUUCAUUUUCGAAGUUCUGGAUAUCGUUCUCACGCGAAUUUUCGCCUCGUUAAUAUACGUAUAUAAACGAGUAGCUUUUGUAAAACUUUACAAAUAAAUACGCUCCUCGAAACCGAAAAAAUAAAACGCAAGAAUAAAAAUUUGGUCAGUAUGUGAAAUACCGUCGAGUGUGUGCACAGGCGUCAUAUCUGACGAGAGUUUUGGAAAAAAAUUUUUUUUCUUUUUUCCUUUAAUUGUUUUUCUUAUUUCUCUUGACAGUCAAUUUCUAUUUAAUGAUUAAGGUUUGAAGAUGUUAAACAUUCAUUGAUUUUCUUAGUGCUUUCAGUAAAAAUGCAUAAGUUUUCGAAACUUUCUCUUUUUCAAUAUAAAAUAAUUUUCAGGUCUCUUCGCCACUCCCCGACCAAACUCGACGGAUCUACGACCGCGGGCAUGCCCAUUCCAGGUCCUGGAACCCGGAAUGCCCUUCUCCGCCUAUGAAUCACGCUUCUUAUCAUUAUUAUCGUAAUGAGGUAUCACUUUCCUGUAUUUAUUUUUUAAUAUUUCUCAAUUUCAGACCGAGGACCUUUUUCCAAUGAUGCCGAUGCCCUUGCCGGUUCCAGUACCAAUUAUAAACGAGCCACCGAUUCCCCUGCCGGUAGAAUCUAUAGGAAGAACUGAUAAUUUACGCAGGAAUGUUCCGAGACAGGUUUUUGAAUUGAAAAAAUUUUUUAAUGAUCAUUUCAAGGCGAAAUCGUUCGACGACCGAGUUGCCGAAGAUCGGAGAAGGAACCUUGCACACAGGUCUUACACGAUGUCUGAUCGGAGGAGAGAAGAUCCGGUGAGUCAAUUUUUUAGGGAAAUUAUGAAAUUCAUAACGAAUUAAUAGUUUAGAAGCUACAAAAAAAAAUUGAGAAAAAAUUCGAGGCACCUUGAAAAAAAGAGUAAAGCUAAAAAAAUCUUUCAUUAAACUUAAAAAUUGCGAUCGAAGGGGAGUUUAAAAUUGGAGUAUUGAAAAAAAAGGUUGCUAUACGCCAUAAAGAACAUUUAAACAACCAGAAAACCCUGGGAAAUUUUCAGUGGCCGCUUCAGUAGUUUUUCAUUCAGCAUUCCUUCCAGUAACUUUGAUAAUUUAAAAAAAAAACAGAUUGGACAGUUAUGUUGAUCCAUUGACCCCUAAAGUGGCCACUAAAAUUUUUUGUCGUCUAGUAGUAGCACUUAGACCUUAGACCCCCCUAGACCUAUAGUGGCCGCUAAUUUUUAACCUCCUAAGUGGCCACUAAUUUGACUACUAUAGUGGCCACUAAAACAUCGUUAAAAAAAGCAAUCAGGUUUAAAAAAAUUCCAAAGGAGAAAUUUCGCUCCACGGCUAACUUCAAAAAAUUGGAUAAAAAUGGAGAAAAGGCACUAAUCUUUUUUCAAGCUCUCUUUUUCCUUUACAAGGGAGGUCAAUUUACCUUGCAAUUAAGAAUUUCUGAAAACUUGUCACAAUUUCCCUUGAAGUACCAAUUUAUGUUUUAGAAAGUCUCAAUCUGAAAAAUUUACUAUUUUUCCAGAAAUAAGGGCUCGAAGCCCCAAAAAUGGCCUUUUUGUAGUUUUCUUCGACUUUGAGCCCUCGUUUCUCAAAAACUAGGAAGUACCUUUUUUGGUACUCUAAGGAGUUUUCUGACAGAUUUCCAGGGAAUUCCCAACCGCAAAGUAAAAUGACCUACCUUGUCAGGUCCUUUGGCUUGAAAUCUCUCAGUAAAAGGAAAAGUCGGAAAGACCCUCCGAGAGCCCAUGAAGGCUGCUGGGAGGCUCCAUAGAAAUUUUCCUUUUAAGGCGAAGGCUCCCUUUUUGCUGCCUUUUUGCUCCAUUUUCUCAGCCCUUAUGCACCUUUUUUGUUGCCUUUCCCAUUCUCCAUCAGUUCUCGAGCCUUUGAAAUCUCAGAAAUGUGGAAGGCUUGAUAAAGGGACUCUCUUUGCUGCCUUUUUGCUGCCUUUCUGCGUCCUUUUUCGAGCCUUUCCCUUUGAGCAGCCAUUAUCCACCAUUCCGACUUUGCCCGAGCAGUUAAAGGAAAAGGUGGAACGUUCGGACUUCCAUGAGAAAUUUCCAAUUUGUUUGAUUGAAAACUAAGAAAUCCACCAAAAAAAUCUACGGCUUUCAGGACGACGUUUCAACGGCCUGCCAAACGUUGUGGGCGGCCAAGGGACAACUUGAGCAACUCCAGGCUUUAGGUUUAACAUUAUGCAUUUUUCGAUGAUAUUCUUUUUCCAGGUAUCUCAGAGCCUUCCUCAGUGUCCACGUCGUUCGAUUCGAAUACGGACAGUCAGGCGACGACUGAAACCGCAGAACGAUCUCCAGCAGCCAACGCCAAGGGAAAACGCCUUCAAUACAAGUGAGAACGAUGGAAAAAAAAAUUUUUUUUCUAUAGUUCAUUCAAAACUGAGUUGAGCCAUGAAAAAAGGCAAAAAAAUUGGUUUCGAAACUUUUUUUUUGAUGAAAUUUGAAGCUCUCCUAGUAUUAUAGCUAAAAAUUUCAUUAACGGAAAAAAAUUAAAGAGCAUUGGAAUAUUCCUGACGAAUAUCUUGAAGCGAAAAAUAUUUUUUUGUACUAUUUGAACUCUAUCAAGUACUGGUUUCAGGGUGAAUUCCGAAAAAAUUGAAUUAUUCCGCAAAAAAGGUCUUGAAACGAACAGAAAAGAAAAUUUUCAGAAUCCCCUACAGUAACCCCUGAUUUUUUUUUUCCGAAAACAGUCAAAAACUAGAAAACGCCGCCAACUGCCAUCCAUUCCAAAUGCGGAAAAAUCCUCCACCGUCGACAGUCGCCGCCGAAAAUACCGUAACCCGAGAGUCUCGAAAGAGCGCAACUUCCCUGAUUUGCUCUCGGCGGCGGUUAGAAAUCACCAGAGCGACAGGAAAAGUCGCAAUUUGUGGGUCGCGUGAAAAAAACCCUUUAGUGAUCCCUUAGGCGAUAUUUUUACCCUUUUUUGGUCGAAAAUUUGGAAUGAAUUUGUCCUUUACACACAGAUCAUUUAUUGAGUGAAAAAAUAAGAAAGUUUGGCAGUUGCAAAAAAAUAUUGAAAGGUGAAUGAGCGAGGGAGAGAUCAACGGCGGCUGAAAGAGACGCCAGACAGCGAGAGAAAUCCUUUUUCUCUGGUCUCUCCGAGACGCCUGUGAUCUUUUAUUCCCUCUGCAAGACUUUCGAAAAUCAAUAUCAGAGUGACAGAUCAACAAUUUUUGAAGAGACGCCAGGCGACGAGAGAAAUUUAUUUUUUUUCUCUGUGUCUCUUUUGGCGCUGCACAUCUCAAUCGAAAAAUCUCAAAAUUUUUCAUUUUUCGCUCCUUUUUUUUUUUUAGGGAAUUGACAAAAGGAGAGACUGUUGGCUCUGAAGAAACGCCAGACAACGAGAGAAUCUUUAUUUCUCUGGCGUCUCUUCAGCGGACCGUUGAUCUCUCGCUCACUUUCUUCCUGCCUUUUUUUAAUAAAUUUCCCUAAAGACCAUUUUUUUUGUCAUGACCCUCCUUGAAACUUUAUUUUUAUCCCAAAAAAAGACAUUUUCCCAGAUCCCUCCUGCUCCAAAGACAAUUCCUAUCAACGGCCGCCAUUUCCAGCAUGGAUUCGAAUAAUUCCACAGAUUCCAGUGGACCUCCAGUCGCCAGUAGCUUCGACAGUACUCGGAGCGAACUUGGUGGCGCUUUUUGAAGGUCGAAAAGUACUGAAAAUGAAUUUUCCAGAGCAAAGAAGGUUGUCAUUGAUGAACCACGGCGAUCAGAACAACGAUUUCGACCCGACGACGGCUUUUCAGAGGGAUUAUUGGUUAGUUCAGGGUUCAAAAAUUGGGUUUUUUUCAAGCUUUUUUUAGAAAAAAAGACAUGUAAAAAGAUUGAAAAUGAAAGAUUAUGUGGGUUUGGUUCUUCAGAAAAAAAUUUAGUUCAAGUUGAUUGUAGCUAUUUCAAACUUUUUGCACUAUUUUCAGAGAAAAACUGUUUUUUUCAGAAUUUCAAUUUAGCUCAAUCUUUUAAAAUUUUCAUAAACCUUUUUUUAAUUAUAAAUGAAAUGCGUAGACGUUGUAAGGCGCCAUUUUUUGUUGCGACCGACCUUAAACGACUUGCGCCCAAGGGCGCUACACAUCGUUAGAAUUUUGCUGAGUUUAAAAAAGCUUUGAGCCAUUCCAAGUGCGGCCACGAUGUUUUGGGUAAAUGAAAAAUAUGCCUCAUUUUUUUUCAAUAAUCCAGGAAUAAUUAUUUCCUUGCAGGAAAGCUUGAUAAAAGAUUUUUUUAGAAAAAAAUAAUUUUUUUGAAUACUUUAAAAAAACACAAGUUCAUUCGAAAAAAACCUGAUUUUUUUUAAAUCUUCUUAAAAAAUGAACAUUUGAAGUGUCGACGCCAAGACGGACUCAUUGUUCCGGGAAUGGAGCCGCGUGGAUCCGGCCUACGAAUCGGUUGAUUCAAGACGACUUCAACGCGGCCAAACCGUCGACCAUUCCUCUCAUCAGCACUUACAGUAAGACCUUCCAUGCUUACUGUAGUCUCCAUCAAUUCGAAAAAAAAAAUUCAUUUUUUCACACAAUGGCACGGUAGAUUGAUAUUGUUACAGUUAGAAUAUCUCAAUUUAGUGGGUCAAAGAAUCUUUUGACCGAUUUUGAGAACCAAAAUUUGUGCUGAAUUUCUUUGUAACAAGCUAAAUCUCCGUGAAAGCCAAUUUUUCGAAAUAAAAAUACAAACUCAUCAAUAUCAGUACAUAAAAAGAACGUUCUGGCUGUUUUUUUCCAACCUGAAAAAAGGGCGGCUUCAGAGAUUUUUGAUUUUAGAUUUGUGAGAUUACUGGAAAAUUUUUAGAGGCUAUUCUAGGCUUCUCAUUCUUUAGUGGCCACUUAAGUAGUUAAAUUAGUGGUCUCUUUAGAAGUAUAAGAGGUACUACAAGAUCAGUAAAACUACUAUAGUGGCCACUGAGGCUCAAAGACAUGUUUUCUCUACUCGAACAUGUCGGGGCAUUUAUAGUGACCACUUUAGUAGCGUCAGAACCCUUAAGUAAUCCCUAGAAUUGCCCAGAAACGUUCGGAGCACGUCCGUUUCGCGUUACCAAUGUAGCCCUUCAGGAACCUCUUAAGCGAUCACUAGAAUUUCGCCGAGUAAAUCCACCUAUUCUGUUCUUCCUUUCUUCAACAUUGCCACACUAUCCCGAUGUUGGGAAAAUGAAGAGAUUGGAAAGUGGAAUUUCUGGGAGAAUUUUCAGUAGCCACUAUAGAGGCUAGCCAAGGAAGGACUGCUUGGAGAGGACACUAAAAGGACCACUAAACCCCCCUCUAUAGUGGCCACUAUUUUCCAUUUUAGUGGCCACUAUAGAGGUUCUCUGUUUAGUGGCCACUUCAGUAGUUUUUCAUCCAGUUUUCCUUCUAGUAACUCUGAUAACUUUAAAAAAACAGAUUGGACCAGUUAUGUUGAUCCAUUGAUCCCUAAAGUGGUCACUACAAUUUUUAGUGGUCUUGUAGUGAAAUUUAGACCUCUAUAGUGGCCACUAAUUUUCAACCCCUUGAGUGGUCGCUAAUUUGACUACUAUAGUGGCCACUAAAUCGUCAAAAUAGUGGCCACUAAAAUGUUUUCCAUUUAUUGACAAGUUUGAAAUUGAAAUUGAAGACAACCGCGUCGAUUCCCGCGACAACACACUCUGGCCGGUCCUUCUCCUCUGAUGCAAAGUCACGCUUUCAACCGCUCCUUGUACGGCGACGUCUGA